AUGGUGAAAGUACAAGUGUUGUUCAGGUCUGGGCUGCACACUUUUGUUCUAUAUCUGGGUCCCCACAUUGCUUUCUUCACAAUAAAAGCAAUGCAGUGUGGUCGGGUGGAUCUUAAAAGUGUUGUUUAUGAUACAAUAAAGUUAAACAGAAGCCCUACAUGGCUUCCAAAGGAUUGUUCAGAGUUUGGGCCUCCAUUGUUUUUUUUAUCCUCUCAAGGUGUUCAGGUUCCACUUAGCAGCAUUUUGCCUCAAGUACAAGUAGAAGCUAUUCUUUGGGGCCUUGGAACUGCAUUAGGAGAGCUACCUCCAUAUUUCAUUUCUAGAGCAGCAAGUAUCUCGGGUGAUAAAAUGGAUGUGACAGAACUGGAUGCUUCCUCAUCAGAGAAUAAUGGAGUUACUUCAAACUUAAAUCACAUGAAGCGUUGUGUUGGUGGGUUGAUUGGUGCGUUUAAUACGAUAUUGUGUGGAGGGCUCCCUUUUUUUGGUGUAUGA